UCUCUCUCUCUCUGACUCACUUACUCAGCAACUGUACAUGCUACAGCAGGGCAGAGAUACAGAGUGCAGCAUUUGAAUUUCAGACUGUGGAGCUACCUUAAAGAAGACAAACAUUUAGGGGUUCUCUUUGUUUUUCUCUUUUGUUUGGCCUUCCACAGACCCUCCAUCUUUGAGGCACUCAUGAUGGCUUCCUGUAUGGUGUCUAUCCUCUUCCUGUUCCCUCUAAUCGCCACCAUGUCAGCAGAAGAACCGCCAGGCUGCAAGAUCCGGAUCACUAACAGGGGGCUCGAAAUGUUGAAGUACGAGACGCAGAAGUUUGUGGUUGAGGAACUGAGCAACAUCACCAUGCCAGAGAUGAAGGGCAAAGAGGGCCACUUCCAGUACACCAUCAAAGAGGUGAAGAUAAAUGAGCUGAACCUGACCUAUGCUGACCUGGCCUUCCAGCCUGGCCUAGGACUGCUCUUCAAGGUGCAGAACUCCUCCAUCGCUCUCAGCUUCCAGAGACACAUCUUAUACUGGUUAUUCUAUGACACUGGAGCCAUCAAUGCCUCUGCAGAAGGUGUGAACAUCCACACUGUCCUGCACACGACCAGAGAUGAGUUGGGACGCCUCAAGAUCUCCAACAUCACCUGCGAUGCCUCCAUCGCCAAAAUGAAAAUGAAGUUCACUGGCACCUUGGGUAGGGUGUAUGACUUCCUGGCGACUUUUUUGACUACAGGAAUGCGCUUCCUUCUGAACCAGCAGAUCUGCCCUGUCAUGAACCACGCUGGUUUGGUUCUAAUCAACACUUUGUUGGAGACAAUUCCAGUGCGAACAGAAGUAGACAACUAUGUGGGGAUUGACUACUCCCUCCUCAGUGACCCCUUGGUGACUUCAAGGAGUCUUGACAUGGAUUUCAGGGGCAUGUUCUUUGAGCUCGGGAACGAGAGCAACACCUUGGUGAACUCUGCCAUCAACCCAAUUGUGAGAGAGUACGACCGCAUGGUGUACCUGGCUCUGUCCGAGUACUUCUUUGACAGUGGGUUGUACUCCUAUUAUAAAGCUGGCAUAUUCCAAAUGAAUAUCACCAACGAGCACAUGCCAAAGGAUCUGGAGAUGCUCCUUAGGACAACAUAUUUUGGCAUCAUUAUGAUGAUUAACCCAGCCCUGGUGGAAUACCCUAUCUCCCUGCAACUGGAGUUGAACUCUGCCCCCAAGACAACUGUCAAGACCUCCGGGGUCACCGUGGCCAUCACUGCCAUCGUCACGGUGAUGGUGCUACCGCCCGGCAAGGCGCCUGUUCAGCUCAGCAGCAUGACCAUGGAGGCCAAAUUCAAUGCCAAGGUGUCCAUGAAGGGCAAGAGACUGGCUGUUCACGCAGACUUGAGGAGGUUUAAAAUCUACUCCAACCAGUCUGCUUUGGAAUCACUGGCGCUUAUUCCCUUACAAGUCCCCCUCAAGACUAUGCUGCAGAUCUCAAUAGUACCCAUAAUCAAUAACUGGACCAAGAGAGGCGUCGCUAUCCCUCUCGCAGAUGGUAUGGACUUCAUAGAGGAAGUGGUGGAGUAUCAUAACGGUUACCUCAUCAUUGGGGCAAACCUACAUUUCAGCAAGGGCCUAAGGGAGAUGAUCGAGAGGAAAAUCCAGGCUGAUGCCGAGAACGCCAUCUAAAGAGAAUUAUCCACCAGCAAUAACCAAGGAUAGAUAUCUUAGAUAAACACCCAUCCAAUCCUGUGUUUCUAUGUCCUCAAGGGCACAUGCCUUAUCUGCAACAUGGAGCAGACUCUACUGUAACAAUUUCACCAAACCAUGCGGAUUCAAAAUCUUUUAAGAAUCCAAAAUAAUAAGCUAGGCUGCAAUCUGUCCAAUAUAUAUGAGAGCGAAAUGGACAAUACAAAUCAUGCUUAUGUAGAAAGAUCACCAUAAUAAUACCACAACUUUAGUAUUUUUUUUCCUAUUUAUUGCUAUUUUGAAAAGUGCUUUAAAGAUACUUUUAUACUUGCCUAAUUUUUUAAUAGUCUAUAGAGAUAAAUCAUCAACAUUCUUGCCUCAGAAGGGCACAUACUGUAUGUGAGUGUACUACUCAAAACAAUACCUGACCUCGUGUCAUAAGAAUUGCCCAUGGUCAUGUCAGGAAUUAAUUGUGUGCUCUCCACCAUCCUUUUAAAAAUGACAAUGCUUAACUGUAUAAUAUAUGCUAAACUUAAAACUAAUUUAAAAUGUGUUUCUACAAAAAUAAAUGCCUUCUUUACUUUACCAUUAGUCAAAUGGAGAGCUAGCGGGUGAGAAAUAAAAAUGUACUAUAUGAGAAAUGAAAUGUUUAUGGAAUGUUAACAAAAAAAUGUAAUUUUGUAAAUAUGGCUUCAUACCUGCAAAGACUAUUCAAUGAUUGAAAGGCUUUCCUUACAUGUGUAACUAGGGCCUAACCGAACAACAUUAAGUAUGACAAUGUGUUUAAUAAAUCAAUCCCAAAAUUCAUAAACAGACAAAAACAAGAUUUUCUUGUAAUCUCUGACAAAUCACUCACCUGAAUUAUUGGUAAAGAACAGUUUUAUUAUAAAAUCAUGACAGAAUCAAUGUGAAUACAGCUGAAGCAUUGACACACUCCCUUUUUAUCAAAGUGGUUCCAAGUAUUAAUUUCUGUGAUGAUGCACAUAACUGCAAUUUAUUAUUAUAUCAUUUAAUUACUGUACAUCUAGAAGCAUUUGUUCUUUCUCAAAACACAAUUUCUGACAGUGAACAGAUCCCUUUGAGUACAUAGAAUGCUAUUUAAGGCAAUUACUUAAGGCCAAAUCCUAACUUCCACUUAAGUUGAAUUUCCACGUAGUUAUGCAUUGAUGUCAAUGGGAGACAAACAACAUUUUUUUACUUAAGAGCAAGUUAGGAUUCACCCCAUAGUGGAUGAACCACACCAUUGCCUUGUGUACCAUCGAACACUGAAUACAUACAAUCAACAAAUGCAAGAAGCUGAAAUCAAUGCGAUGGUGAAUGAAAAAUAUUGAUCGUAUUUCUCCCAUCUAAAAAUAUCUAAUCACACAAUGGCCUUUAUACUUAAAUUUCAUCUGGCAGGGUACAGCAGCAUGUCUUAUCACAGCAUGAUCAAACACCCAAAGCAGACGCCAUACAAAACUCCAAGGCUAGGACAACAAAACACUAUCCCUGGUCCCAGAUCAGUUGGUGCAGUACAGACAGCCAACUCCUAUGGUUGACAAAAUGGCAUAAACAGAUCUGGGAUCAGGCUAACGAAACGCUUCAAAUCAAAUCAAAUGUUAUUGGUCACA